AUGCUCGCCCCGGCCCUCCGUUCGACCUUCCGGGGCAUUCGUCACAAUUCCUCCUAUCCCGUUCACCAAUUCGCCGAACUCGCCCGCCGGCCCUCAUCGUUGCACCAGAUCUACACUUCCUUAUCCACCGACCCCUAUGUAAAUCUCUCCAUUGAGCAUUUUCUACUCCAAAAUGCCCCGGACCAAUCCAGUGUUCUCUUCCUAUACGCAAACCGGCCAUGCGUAGUCAUCGGUCGCAACCAGAACCCAUGGCUCGAGACAGAUCUCCGUGCGCUUCACAACGACCGGAACGGCGCCCCCGAGGAGGAGGCGGUCUUCGUGCGCCGGCGGUCUGGUGGUGGAGCUGUAUUCCAUGAUGAAGGAAAUCUCAACUACAGCGUGAUCUCUCCGCGCACAUCGUUCACGCGCGACAAGCACGCCGAGAUGGUUGUGCGCGCGCUCCACGGGGUCGGAGCUACAAACACCAGUGUCAACGAACGGCAUGAUAUCGUCAUGGUGCGGAAUGAAUCCGACGAUCCCGACGAGCCGCUCACGCGCAAGGUCUCUGGCUCGGCGUUCAAGCUGACUAGGCACCGGGCCUUGCACCACGGUACUUGCCUGCUUGAUUCUCCGAAUAUUCAUGACCUUGGGAAAUACCUGCGGUCGUCCGCACGAGGUUAUAUCCAAGCCAAGGGGGUGGAGAGUGUCCGGUCCCCAGUGGGCAACGUCUCUGCUUCACUUGCCGAUUCGUUCUUUUCCAUGCAGGGCGUGGUUGGGGGCAUAAUCGAACAAUUUGCUCGACUGUACGGGGUGAAUCCCGAUGCUGUUCUCAGAGCGCAGCGUGCCCACGCAAAUGAGCCCGAGGUGUUUGCUGGAGACUCGUGGGUUGCAGGCACUGUGAGUGAAGUGCAAGGCGAGCAAGAACCUGAUAUCGCGAAAGGAAUUGCUGAAUUGCGGUCCUUGGAGUGGAAGUACACUCAAACGCCGCGCUUCACCUUCUCAACAUAUCCUAUUGAGGAAGAUCCGCGUGAAAGGCCCCCAUUGCCUGCUUCUCUUCCGUCGAGUACUCGCGCAUUCCUUCGGCUACAACAUGGUGCCGUAGUGGAGAGCCAUAUCUCUAUCUCGUCCGACGAUUCCACUGCAGUCGAAGAAGCCAGUCGGGUUCAUGCAGUACUGAACGGGCAAAAGCUCCACGAGAUGACCUUGGCACGAUGGUCGGAGAUUCUCAAACAGGGUCUCGGUGGAAGGGAUGUUGAUGACACUGUUGUCAAAGAACUCGCCCGCUUCUUAGGUGGGCUUCUUGGGGGUUAG